CUGUCAUUCUAUAUGAAACUUAUGUGUGUAUAUGUGACUGAUGGUAACCGUGUUUUGUGUACUCGCAGAAGAAAUAAAUCCUGCGAUACUAAUCGCCGCAGCGAUUAAAACAAUGCUCUGAAUACGCGCGGCAUUUAAUUCGUGUGUGUGCACAUUACAAAUACAAGAUGAGUUUCAAUUAUAAUUAUGCCAACAUUCACUCGAACAAACCGAAAACCAGCCACAAUGCAGUGCCGCCUCCGACGUCGGGCAUCAGCAAGCAGGGCUACUCCACGAUGAACGCAAUUAGCCAAAACAGUCUCUGUGCGGCAUGGGGCAGCAGCAGCAGGAAGCGCGCAAUCACCGAAGACGAAUAUUUUGAUGAUGAUGAUGAAGACAACACAACCAACUUAGCAUAUAUCCCAGCACCUGACAGUCCAGUGAAUCAAGUAAAUAAUCCAGCUGAGGAAGAUGAAGAAGAUGAUCCACUGGAUGCAUUCAUGGCUGGCAUUGCACAACAAGUUCAAAAAGAGCAAAACACACAAAGUGGGCCAAAAGUUGUUAGAAAUGACUUGGAAGAGGAAGAUAUCCAAGAAUCCUACUACAAGUACAUGGAGGAGAACCCAACAGCUGGUUUACUACCAGUGGAUGAAGAUAAUCCUGACAUUGAGUAUGACUCUGAUGGUAAUCCAAUUCCGCCAGACAGAAAACGAAUUAUCGACCCGCUUCCGCCAAUCGAUCACAGUUUGAUCACAUAUAGUCCGUUCAAAAAAGAUUUCUAUGAAGAACACUUAGAUAUCUCAAUGUUAUCAAAUAAUAAGGCGAACGACAUUCGUAAACAACUGGAAUUGCAUGUGACAGGCAACCAAGCGCCCAAACCGGUUGUUUCCUUUGGACAUUUCAACUUUGAUGACAAACUAAUGAAAGCUAUCAUAAAAGCAGAGUAUACAAACCCAACACCUAUACAAUCCCAAGCUGUGCCUUGUGGUUUAUCCGGAAGGGAUGUUUUGGGCAUUGCGCAAACAGGCUCUGGUAAAACGGCUGCAUUUCUAUGGCCGUUGUUGAUCCAUGUGGCUGCGCAAGCGCCAGUUCAGGUUGGCGAAGGUCCGAUUGCACUUAUACUCGCACCAACACGCGAGUUAGCUCUCCAAAUCUACAACGAAUCACGUAAAUUCGCAAGAGUUUACGAUUUACGCGUGAUAUGCGCGUAUGGCGGUGGCUCGAAGUGGGAACAGAGCAAUGCGUUGAAAGAGGGCGCUGAGAUUGUCGUCGCUACGCCGGGCAGAAUCAUCGAUCAUGUUAAAAGCGGCGCGACGAAUUUACAACGCGUUACUUUUCUCGUCCUGGAUGAAGCGGAUCGCAUGUUUGAGCUUGGUUUUGAACCGCAAGUGCGCUCCGUGGUCAAUCACGUACGGCCCGAUCGACAGACGCUUCUGUUUUCCGCGACUUUUAAGAAGAAAAUCGAGCGAUUGGCCAAAGAUGCGCUUAGGGAUCCGAUUAAAAUAUCACAAGGAGUGACAGGUCAGGCGAACGAAGAUGUCACUCAGCAUGCGAUGGUAUUGGCCAGUCCGCAAGCGAAACGUAAUUGGUUGUUCACCCGAUUGGUGGAAUUAACGUCCGCCGGGUCCGUGUUGAUUUUUGUAACGAAAAAACUCGACGCUGAACAGGUAGCAGCCGAAUUGAAGUUGAAAGAGUUCGAUUGUUUACUUCUGCAUGGUGAUAUGGAUCAAGCGGAUCGUAAUAAAGUCAUUACAGCGUUUAAGAAACAGAUGUGUCCGAUUAUGGUGGCUACGGAUGUAGCGGCGCGCGGUUUGGACAUUCCGCAUAUUCGAACGGUUGUAAAUUUUGAUAUCGCGAGAGAUAUCAACACGCAUACGCAUAGAGUUGGACGAACUGGCCGUGCUGGUAAUCAAGGCACAGCGUAUACUUUACUCACCGAUAAGGAUAAAGAAUUCGCCGGGCAUAUUGUGCGGAAUCUUGAAGCGGCCAAUCAGGAGGUGGAUCAAGACGUGUUGGAUCUCGCGCUGAAAAGCAGCUGGUUCAAAAAGCAAAGGUAUAAGAAUAAAGAUCAAGGCCCGAAUGUCGGCGGUCUGGGUUUAGGUUUUUCGGAGAAAAGCGGUAAGAGCGCUGCGCAAUACAAGCCGCCCUCAUCCUCCGCAACGUCAUCCACUGCAUCACCGCGUGGUCCCGCCAGUGAUCGACUUUCGGCGAUGAAAGCCGCAUUUAAGACGCAGUACAUGACGCAGUUCACCACGUCGAGCGAUCAGCAGGCGACGGGCCAUCAACCCCAGGCUAGCCCCGCGCCGCCCCCGCAGCGGAAGAAGAGCCGCUGGGAAUAGUCGUUGCGAUUGUGUGUAGGCUGCAGUUAUAAAUAAAUAAUUAAUCAGC